AUGUCGGUGGUGAACGUCUUCAUUCACGCACCUUCCACACUGGUCUCCGCCGAGCGACGCAUACCGUCCACCAUCCCGCUAUGUGACCUCAAAUACCGACUCGAAUCCAUCGUCGGUGUUCCGCCCUCGCACCAGAUCCUCGAAAUCCAUUCCUCCCGAACCGACCAUGAACAGCAAUCGACCUUGCCCGGGCCCGGACCCUUUGCAUCAUCCGUACGCUCCACCCUGAUCCUUUCUGUCAUUUCGGACUCACCGGUAGAAUCGAAAACGCUGGAAGAGCUAGGGGUGGUCGAUGGAAUGGCACUCAAGAUCCUCGAUACUCGACCAAAAGAACUCAUCCAAACCUUCACAGACGAAUCGCUCGUCGAAAAGUACGUCAUGGACGACGACACGUACGCUGCACGACGCGAUACCGUCCUCGCCUUCAAACAACGAAACAAGCUAGGUCGAUUCGACCCUUCCAAAGACGCAAACUCCAGCAUCGCUUCCCACGACUCGACCGAGAUACCAGAAACCCUCAUCGUCGGUGCGAGGUGCUCAGUCGACCUCUCCGGUUCCGGUACAAAUCAAAAAAGGGGAACGGUGAGGUUCGUCGGUCCAACGCAAUUUGCAGCGGGCAUCUGGAUCGGUGUAGAGUACGACGAACCAGUGGGAAAGAACGACGGCUCCGUCGCCGGCGAAAGAUACUUCACCUGCAAACCGAGUUUCGGCGGCUUUGUGAGACAGGACAAGGUUCAAGUUGGCGAUUUCCCAGAGGACGAUCUCGACCUCGAUCUUGACGAUGAUGAAGAAAUGUGA